GGGGUGGGUGUUGGGUGCCGGAGCUGCGGGGCCCGCGCGCUCAGAAACAUGCUGAGGUCCCGGCGGCUCUUCCAGCAGCGGCAGCGGCUCCAACAACAGCGGCGGCGUCGGCGGCGGCGACAGCGCUCGGCUCCGGCAGGGAAGGCGCUCGGCGCCCAUGCCUCCGGCCCCGCGCCGCGGCAGCCCUGACCCGACCGCGACCUCCCCGCGCGCGCCCCGCCACCCCGACUCCUGGGGUGUUCCCCAGCCACGGCCCAGGCCCGCCACACCCCCCGCCCCCGGCCUCCGCAGCUAGGCAUGGGCGCGGGGGCGCUCGCCCUGGGCGUCUCCGAGCCCUUCAACCUGUCGUCCACCGCGCCGCUCCCCGACGGCGCGGCCACUGCGGCUCGGCUGCUGGUGCCCGCGUCGCCGCCCGCCUCCCUGCUGCCCCCGACCAGCGAGGGCUCCGAACCGCUGUCUCCACAGUGGACGGCCGGCAUGGGCCUGCUGAUGGCCCUCAUCGUGCUGCUCAUCGUGGCGGGAAACGUGCUGGUGAUCGUGGCCAUCGCCAAGACUCCGCGGCUGCAGACGCUCACCAACCUCUUCAUCAUGUCCCUGGCCAGCGCUGACCUGGUCAUGGGGCUCCUCGUGGUGCCUUUCGGGGCCACCAUAGUGGUGUGGGGCCGCUGGGAGUACGGCUCCUUUUUCUGCGAGCUCUGGACCUCGGUGGAUGUGCUGUGUGUGACGGCCAGCAUUGAGACCCUGUGUGUCAUCGCCCUGGACCGCUACCUCGCCAUCACCUCGCCCUUCCGCUACCAGACCCUGCUGACGCGCACGCGGGCAAGGGUCCUCGUGUGCACCGUGUGGGCCAUCUCGGCCCUGGUGUCCUUCCUGCCCAUCCUCAUGCACUGGUGGCGGGCCGAGGGCGACGAGGCGCGCCGCUGCUACAACGACCCCAAGUGCUGCGAUUUCGUCACCAACCGGGCCUAUGCUAUCGCCUCGUCCGUCGUCUCUUUCUACGUGCCCCUGUGCAUCAUGGCCUUCGUGUACCUGCGGGUGUUCCGCGAGGCCCAGAAGCAAGUGAAGAAGAUCGACAGCUGCGAGCGCCGCUUCCUCAGCGGCCCGGGGCGGCCGCCCUCGCCCGCGCCCGCGCCCGCGCCCGGGUCCCCGCGCCCCGCCGCCGACCCCCUGGCCAACGGGCGCGCCAGCAAGCGGCGGCCCUCGCGCCUCGUGGCCCUGCGCGAGCAGAAGGCGCUGAAGACGCUGGGCAUCAUCAUGGGCGUGUUCACGCUCUGCUGGCUGCCCUUCUUCCUGGCCAACGUGGUGAAGGCCUUCCACCGCGACCUGGUGCCCGACCGCCUCUUCGUCUUCUUCAACUGGCUGGGCUACGCCAACUCAGCCUUCAACCCCAUCAUCUACUGCCGCAGCCCCGACUUCCGCAAGGCCUUCCAGCGCCUGCUCUGCUGCGCGCGCCGCCGGGGGGCCCGCAGGCGCCACACGGCCCAGGGCGACCGCCCGCGCGCCUCGGGCUGCCUGGCGCGCGCCGGGCCUCCGCCGUCGCCCGGGGCCGCCUCGGACGACGACGACGACGACGUCGGGGCCGCGCUGCCCGCGCGCCUGCUGGAGCCCUGGGCCGGCUGCAACGGCGGGGCGGCCGCGGCGGACAGCGACUCGAGCCUGGACGAGCCGGGCCGCGCGAGCUUCGCCUCGGAGUCCAAGGUGUAGGGGACCCCGUUCGGGGCGCGGGUGCCGGGCGCCCCCUGUCCCGCCGCCCCAGCCUGGCUGCGGACUCUGCGCCCCACGGGGCGCCCCUGAAUGGCUUCCCAGGGGAAAGAGGAGACCUCUGUUUACUCCAGACCCAAAGCAGGUGAACUCGAAGCCCGCAGACCUGGUCUGAAUCAACCAAGACAAACAGAAAAGCCGCGGACCGUUGCACAAAAAGGAAAGUUUGAGGAGGGGUUACUGAUUUUUCCUGGGUUCUUUUCUGUUUGUGGUUCGGCCCCUAUUUUUGUGUGUGUGCGUGUGAUGCAUCUUUAGAUUUUUUCCCCAGGUGGGUCUUGACAGUCUGCGAGGACCCGAGUAGAAACUGGGUGGGUGGGGAAAGGGAGAUGAAAGCCUUUACCAGUUUGGCUUCCAUCCUAUUCCCCGGAACAGGAGCGGUCAAACGGGAGGGUGGGGGGCGGGGUGGCAGUUUAUCAGGACUUGCUUCUUUUUGCUUUCCACAGAAAUUGCAUUUUAGUUCCUGAGUAAUGAUUUCUCCUGUUCUUAAAGCCAAGGGAAAGGUCGGAUGCAAAACACUCGAGUUUUAAGAAAUUUUAAGCUAUUCUUAGAACAAGCUUCACCUUGCUUUCCUUCUGUAGGGCAAACCCCUGCCCCUGCGCGCCUCGGUGGUCCUGCUGAGGGUUUUCUACCUCACCCUGUGCAUAUUGCACAGCAAGACAGAAAGACUUGUUUAUAUUAAACAGCUUAUUUAUGUAUCAAUAUUAGUUGGAAGGACCAGGCGCUGAGCCUCUCUCUGUGACAUGUGACUCUGUCAUUUGAAGACAGGACAGGGAAAAAAAAAGGAAACAGUUCAGAUUACUGCACAUGUGCGUAUAAACAAAAACAAAACACACUAAACAGGAGUGGUUCCACAUGCCAUUUUUGCACAGUGUUAGGAAUUGUAAAGUCCACAGAUGUUACUUGCACAAAAGAAAUUAAAUAUUUUUAAAGGGGUAGGAAGGGGGGAGAUCUUAAAAACUAAAAUAAAAUUCAAACUCAGCUUCUGUUGUCUAUUAUGUUAUUGAGCUAAUGAUUUAUUGGGAAAAUACCUUUUUAUACUCUUAUCAUGGUACUGUAACUAUCCAUAUUAUAAGUAUAAUUAUCUUAUGGAUUUUUUAUUAUUUUUUUAUGUCCAAGUGCCCAUGUGAAUCUGCUGGUAAAGCUUAGCACUUGUGUGUAAAUUCUAUUUCCUCUUGUAUGUUUUACCAAGUAUUUUUACUCUGGUGCAACUAACUACUGUGUGAGGAAUUGGUCCAUGUGCAAUAAAUACCAAUGAAGCACAAUCAAGAUUACGUACCCUUGUGUCUGUAAAGUGUCAGUGAAAAUGAAAAAGACAGUUUGGCUUUUCAUUAGACUGCAUUUCUCCUAGAGCUCUUUUAAUAGCUUUUCAUGACUCAGUAACUUAGCAAAAUGCCUCUAGACCAAAUACGAUGUUCACCUACAGAGAGCUGCAGAUUUGCCCUAAAUUUUCACAGCCGGAUUCAAGGUAUUCCAGACUACUUGUAGGCGCUUUUCAAGAUUCCAUCUGCUGCACUUGACUUAUGAAGUGACAUUUGGGAAAUGUGUCUACUGGGGGCGAAAAGCCUCGGAGCCAGGUAACUCAGCUGCAGUGUUGCUCAGAAACACAGGAAGGAAGACAAACUCAUUGAACAGUCGGCCAACUGAAAUUCGUUGCAGGAGCUGACCUAGAAAAAUGCACCCUUACCAAGCAGAUUUCUAAGUGCAUAAGGCCAAGGGUCAUGCCCCCUGUGGAGGAAUCAAACUCCGGUCCUUGCGCUUGCGCAGCAGGUGGCAAAACCACAGAGCUAAAUCCCCGGCCCUCCUUGCAAUCUUAAAAGUCCACAGUUUUCUGUUGGAAGCUAUGACAUCCUGCCGAAGAUAUCCAUCAGAGCUUUCUUUCUGGCAUUUAGGUUUUCCCUUUCUUUUAACAUCUUUGAAAUAGUUAAUACAAAAAGCCGUCAUUAUUGUCACCAAGAGUUUGGGUUGCAAAUAAAAACUAUUUGCCCAUUACCUAUUUGUUUCUUAGAAGUUACUUCAAAAAUGCAUUCUCUCGGAUGAGCUAGUUCUGAGAGUUUUGCAUUUUGGGACCCAAUUGUGGAAACCUCUUUUUCCUUGAAAUGCAUCCAUUGGGAGCCCUGAUCCCACCGAGUGAAGGCUGAAGGUCUCCUCGAAAGAAGGCUUCAGAAACAGCCGACUUGGAAGAAGAGAGACAACUGCAGCGGGCAAGGCCUGCACGGAGGACUUCUGAAUUCCUUUUUCAGUCUGCAGAGCUGCAGAUAAGUUUUUCCAUGGAGCGGUCCAACCCCUGUCGCUGCAAGACCUGUUUUUUUUUUUUUUAAACACUCAGUAAACUAACUGGAACUUCUGUCGAGUGUGGUGUCUCUGUGUAACUGGGUGCAGAUUGAACUUGACACAUUAACUUCUUCCUAGAAAACAAUUUAUAGUCAUAGAACUAUGGAAUCCCGCAGUAGGAAGGACCUUCACAGUCACCCCGUCCAAACACCAGUCUCACACUUGAGUUGUUGGUUUCUGAAGAAGUCUGUUUCGCAGGCAGCCGCCCUGCGGCCCCAGAGUCACUUGGCCUGAAUGUCUCCCCAGCCUGUCCGACCGCUUGGCACGGAUAUCAUCUUGCUGGUGAUUCUUCCUGCUGGGUAGUGGCUACAUUCUGAGUGGUUUCCUGAGAGCUGGAACUCAGAGGGACUUCCCCGUUUUGCUGCAGAGUAAACAGUAUGGUCCCCUUGACCUUAAAGAAGUCUGUGAGAAGUCUGUCGUGUCAUACCUAAGUCAUUAUUCUUGGCAGCUCAGUGGAGAUGGAUGCUAAAAUACUUCCUCUUGGGAGCUGUAACCCCAGCCCCGAAGAUGUCUCAUUGAAGCCUGUAACACUGUCUUAUCUCCAAAUGAGUAAGCUCACCAAUUAAAAUUCUUGUUGUUUCAUACGAAUAACUUUCUCACACUGAAGUGAUUGAGGAGAAUGCUGAACAGUCUCCUGCCAUCGCUCCAAUAUGGCCUUUAAAAAAUUCAACGUAGGCAUAAGUGUAUCCUUUGAGUUGGAUAAGAAGCAGACCAUCUAGGUCCUUGGUAUCAUCAUCAUCAUCAUCGCCACCAUCAUCAUCAUCUAAAACAUUUAUUAAACACCUGUUCUUUGGGGGGUUCCUACCAUACACAGAAAUAUAAGGUGGCAUCCCUGCCUCAAAAGCAUCUCUAACAGCACUUGACUAGAAGACAAGCAUACCUGUACAUAAAAUGAAAACUAAAGAGUUUUAAGGAGAAUGAUGUGAGCAAUAAAUACUACAGAAGUCCAGGAAAGGGAAAAAAAACCUAUAGCUUGAGGUAGACAAAAUGAUCUUGAAGAAAUGACUCUUGAGACUGAAAUUCAGAGAGGAAAGAAUAUCACUCUUCCAAGGAAUAUUGUGAAACAUUGGUACAAAGAAAGAAGGAUCCAAUGAGUCUGAGGUGGGUAAUGGCCAGCGCUUGAUGCUGAAGAUGUGUUUUACCUGAGGGCAAGCCCUACCCCCUUUCUAGAGGUGCUGUCUAAUGUCUAAGCCCCUUGGUGGAAGGAAUAUUACAUAAUAAUGUCUGGGGCUUUGCCAAGGAAACAAAAUUUACCUUUUGUCUUCUCCCCAGGUUGCUAAGAAUGCUGUUUUUAACUUAGCAAAAAUUAAGAACUGCAUUUAUUUUAGAUUACUUAUUCUUAUUCUGGUAACACUGAUAUAUUUUCCAUGUUUUAAAAUCAAUACAUACAGGAAUCGGGUACAUUAUGUAUAGGAAUAUAGUACAGGAAAAGUCACCUUUUUUUAGCAUACUGUCUUGGAAGUUUUGACAAACGUACAUUGUCAUAUAAAUGCAACUAUAAUCAAAAUAUUGAAAUUUCAUCACCCAAAAAGUUCUCCUGUGGCCUUUGUAGGCAACUCUUUUCCUUUAUUUCCAGUCCUUGACAACCUCAGAUCCACUUUCUGUCCCUGCAAUGUCCCCUUUCCCAGAUAUCAUAUAAGUGGAAUCAUACUUUCUAUAGUUUUUUGUCUUUUUUUUCCCACUUAGCAUAAUGCAUUUGAGAUUCAGCAAUGUUGUUUCAUGCAUUAUAAGUGAGAUUGGAGGAACUCUGUGUAUUAUACCACAUUUAUACUAAAUAAAAAUAGACCUAGAAAA